AUGAAACGUAAAGUUACAAUUACUUUUGAUCGUCCCGAAACUUCCUUUUAUUUUUGUGAUGAAAUUCUGUCGGGUACAAUUGAUUUCGAUUCAUUUCAUGAUUUGAAAAUAGAUAAAAUAAAGGUGACGUUGGUUGGUGAAGCUGCUUAUACUGUUGGUAAAACUCGGACAAAAUUCUAUCAUGUACCAUUUCUACGACGAAAACUCAUUAUGACUCCAUUUCCCGAACAAGUGAGUGAGGAUCAUUAUUCUUGGCCAUUUUCCAUUCAAUUACCGUAUACGUCGCCACCAACGAUCAAUUUAAUACAAUCUUAUCCAAGUAUACGCUAUUAUCUUGAAGUUGUAGUUAUUAAAUCAUGGUAUAAAUUAGCACAAAGAGAAACAAAACAGUUUAUUAUUAUUCCCCACACAACGAAUGUUCAAUAUCCCACAAUAGUCACAAAUCAUAAUCGUAAAGGAGUUGUUUUGAUUGGAAAGGUGGAUAAAGGAGAAUAUUUUCCAGGUGAAACUAUCAUUUCCACAUUAAAAAUUAAUAAUCCUAAACAAGUCGUUAUAAAACAUAUAGACGUUGCUUUAGUUGAAUGUCUCGAAGUGUCUCAUGAUAUUAGCGAGCAUAUUUUAUCGACAAUUACUCUGCCGAAUAUUGUAAACAGACAUGAUGAAUCGAUCUUAGAUACAUUUUCAAUUAAAAUACCCUCAGAAAUCUAUUUACCACCGUCGUAUGCUUACAUGUUUCAUGUUCAUGGACAAAAAAUUCAUAUUGAUAUUACAUAUAGACUCAAAUUUUUAGUAAAAGCGGAAGGUGUUCUUACAGACUUCAAAGCUAUAUUACCGAUUACAAUCGGAUCAAAUUAUCAUCCUACAAAUAAUUUCACUCAUCAAUUUUUUUAUGCAAUAGAAACAGAAGAAUUGCCGCCACAAUACGAAUCACCUCCAACCUAUGAAUCUCUAUUUCAGUCAGAUUCAUUUUGA